CAUGGUGCAUCCGGUGGCGGAGGCCGACGAGCGGAGCCCCUUCGGCCGGCUCACCACGGAGGCGUACUGCGCGCGCCACGGCGUCACGCACUCCUCCUCCACCUUGGUCAACCCGCGGGAGCUCCGCAUCUUCACGCAGCGCUGGGUGCCCAGCGGCGGCGCCCCCGUCCUCGGCGCCAUCGCCGUCGUCCACGGCUUCACCGGCGAGUCCAGCUGGAUGGUCCUGCUCACCGCCGUCCACUUCGCCAAGCAGGGCUUCGCCGUCGCCGCCGUCGACCACCAGGGGCACGGCUUCUCCGAGGGCUUCCAGGCCCACAUCCCGGACAUCGGCCCCGUGCUUGACGACUGCGAGGCCGGCUUCGCCCCCUUCCGCGCUGACUACCCUCCCCCGCUGCUCUGCUUCCUCUACGGGGAGUCCCUCAGCGGCGCCAUCGCGCUGCUGCUGCACCCAGGGCCCGCAGCCCGCAGGCACUAA